CGACUCUAUCACCUCUUGAGCUGAGCCACAAUCUGUCUUGAGAUCAAAGCUCACCAACAUUGCAAUUGAAACCGUGGAAUUCUGCCUAAACAUCGAGACAACAUACAAGCACAAAAAACAGCAAUAGCAAAUCUACAAAUAUGAUACUGGACAAGUCAGCCGCGCGAACAUUUACAUUCCACCAUGCGGAGCUCGGCUCACUGACUGGUCUUGUUACACCAGACAAUGUGGUCCAGUUUCGAGCUGUGCCAUAUGCCACGAUCCCGGCACGCUUCAAAAGGUCAAUUCUUUUGGGCAGCCUUCCAGAAAGCGACGGUGCUUAUACAGAGCAUGGAUAUGCAUGCCCUCAAACCUUCCCUCUCAGAGAAGCCGACGGCGGCCCUUUUCCCGGCGACCCAGUGGAACCAGCAUCAGACGAAUUCGAAUGCCUCCUUCUCCAGCUCAACAUACCUCUCGCCAUCUUACAUACUCCUUCUACCGCAAAGCUACCUGUCCUCGUAUACAUCCACGGCGGCGGUUUCGUCCUCGGCAAAAUCGACGAGCAGCACAGCACAGCCCUCAUGGUCGAGCAAUCAAUCCUCGACACCCAGCCCAUCAUUUCCGCAAGCAUCCAGUACCGUGUCGGUGCACUUGGAUACUUACAGACCCCUGAGCCUGGGAAUGCGAAUCUUGCUCUCAACGAUCAACGGAAUGCGCUGCGCUGGAUUCAGAAGUUCAUUGGCGGGUUUGGGGGCGAUAAACAAAGAGUGACAGUGUUUGGAGAGUCGGCAGGUUCGAUGUCGAUUUGUGCGCAUAUGCUUUCGCCGCCGCCGACUGAGGGGCCGCUGUUCCAGAGGGCGGUUUUGAUGUCGGGAAUUAUUGGGCCGGCGACUGUGCCUGUGCCGAUUGAGGUGGCGGAGCAGCGGUAUGAGGCUUUCUUAGCUAAGCUGGGUAUCGAAGAGCGCGGGGAUGCCGGAUUACAGAAGCUGAGGGAGGUGGACAUUGACACACUGGUGGCUGCGUCCACAGCGCUGGGUGAUGAGGGCGGCCUGUGGCUGCCCGUCCAGGAUAGAGAGUGGUUUGGUGAGGACGCGGCAUCCGUGACUUGGGAUAGGAUUCCUGAGCUCAUUGGGAAGUGCGAGUGGGUGAAGGAUAUCGUGCUGGGGUGUACAAGCUUCGAGGGCACCACGAUGAUGUCUCGCUACGCCGGCAUCACACCCUCGGCCUUCCUAUCCAGCAUCAAGACGCAGCUCGGCGCGCACAGUGCUGAGAUCAUCAGCCGCGCCUACGCCAUCACGCCCACCAUGGACCAAAACCUUUUUUUCACCCCUCUCCUCCGCUGGGUCGGCGACGCUAUCUUCGAUGCUCCAACGCACAUGCUCGCUCAGUACCUCUCCACCAAGACUACCAAAAACGUCUACCGCUACAUCUUCGACGUCCGCAACCCCUUCCCCAACCACGCCCUCUACCAACAGCCCCACCACUGGGUAGACAUAUACUUCGUCUUCAAAGCGCACCAAUUCCGCUUUCCCUCCCAGCGACUCAAGGACAUAUCAACGCGGCACGCUCAACUCUGGAUCAACUUCACUCACGGCAAAACACCGUGGGGCGAGUACAAAUACACAGGCAAAGGGGACGAGGUGCUGAUGGUCGUUGAUGAGCGGGAGGGCUGGGUGGAGAGGAGUGCAGAAAGGGUGGAGAGGGAUCUGGAGUGGGGAUGGGGGAGGUGCGAGGAGCUUGUGAGUGCUUGGCAGGAAGGGGGGAUGAAGGGGGAGUGGUGGAGUUGCUUGGAAUUGGAAUGUUUGAGCGGGGUGAAGAAGACGUGA